CACACACUGACUGAGCCAAGCGGCAGCAGCGGAGCAGCAGCACAACAUUCCUUCUCUGAUCGGACUCGGGAUAGGGAUCCCUCUGUGCAUGUAAUCAACACCAUUCUACAACAGCAGACUUCAUUCACACACAUUCCGUAUUCCAGACUUCCACUCCACAGCCCAUAUAUACUGAAGGAGAGUUUUGCCAAAAGAAAUAAACCUUUUAUUUUCGAGUAUUUAUGUUCUAUUAUAAUAAGUGAAAGCAUCCUUGGGAAUUAAAGGUCUAUCAAGCUGUGGUGUUAAUGAUGUCACACUGCUCUUUAUAAAGCCAGCCUUGCCUGCAUUUGAGAAGGUCAUAUAUAAGUCUGGUACGAGUGUGCAAAGAGUUUCCAAUGGACUUGCACAGAACAGCUUUCAAGAUGGAGAAUUCUUCCUACCUCCCUAAUCCCCUUGCAUCUCCAGCUUUGAUGGUCCUUGCCUCCACAGCAGAGGCUAGCCGAGAUGCCUCUAUCUCUUGCCAGCAGCCUAGACCUUUUGGAGUACCCGUCUCAGUGGACAAAGAUGUCCACAUCCCCUUCACUAAUGGUUCGUAUACCUUUGCCUCAAUGUACCAUCGUCAGGGUGGGGUGCCAGGGGCCUUCCCAAACCGAGAUUUCCCCCCUCAGCUUUUGCAUCUGCAUCAUCAAUUUGCACCUCCAAAUCUGGACUGUACCCCUAUCAGCAUGCUGAACCAUAGUGGUGUUGGGGCAUUUCGGCCUUUUGCCUCCGCUGAAGACAGAGACAGUUAUCAGUCUGCCUUUACACCUGCCAAAAGACUAAAGAACUGCCAUGAAACCGAAUCCCCCCACCUGAGGUUUUCAGACUCUGAGGGCAAGGAAUAUGAGUUUACAGCCCAGCUCCCAUCCAGUUCCCCCAGCUCACUAAAGCUAGAUGACUCUGGAAAAAAGGUCUUUGCUGUGUCAGGUCUCAUCUCUGACCGAGAAAAUUCUGCAAGCCCUGAAGAAAGUCGAAACGAGAGAUGUAAGAAGAAAGCAACUCUGUAUGAUACCCAAGCUCCAAUAUGCCCCAUCUGUCAGGUACUGCUCCGUCCAAGUGAACUACAAGAUCAUAUGGAACAAGAGCUAGAAAAGCUCACUCAGAGCAACAUAUGUAAGCAUUCCAUGUUGAAGGACAACACACUCCAAGGGACUGUGAAGCCUCUCAGCACAACUGCUGACCUGCACAACACCCUUUCUUCAAGCACUGAAAGAAGAAAAGGAGGGAGAGAACAGUCUGUUUUGCUAUCAGCACCAAUUAAAAGGGAAGGGGAAUCGCCAACAGCAUCACCUCUCUCUGCAGAUGACACUCAUCACUCAGACAGAUACCAGACAUUUUUGCGAGUAAGGUCCAACAGGCAAGCAAGGCUGAAUGCACGGAUAGGGAAAAACAAGAGGAAGAAGGCCUCAGAGGAUGGCCAGGUAUGUCCGCUAUGCAAUGAGACGCUUUCUGGAUCUGUGGAGGAGAUGAGUAGACAUGUGGAAGCCUGCCUGGACAAGCGAGAUGGCUCUUACACAAAUGAUGAUGAGUCUGUGGACAUAGAAAAUGAGAGUGCAAGUGGGAACAGAUUUGAAGAAUAUGAAUGGUGUGGACAGAAGAGAAUACGCGCUACAACCUUAUUAGAAGGUGGCUUUCGAGGAUCUGGGUUUGUCACUUGCAGCAGUAAAGAAAAUCAUGACAGUGAUGCAGAUCUUGAUGUGGAUGGAGACGACACCUUGGAGUAUGGGAAACCACAAUACACAGAAGCAGAUAUUAUACCAUGCACUGGAGAAGAACCAGGGGAGGCCAAAGAGAGGGAGGCACUACGUGGUGCUGUGCUAAAUGGUGGAACCCCAAGCAACAGAAUAACACCAGAAUUUUCCAAAUGGGCCAGUGAUGAAAUGCCCUCAACAAGUAAUGGAGAGAGUGGUAAACUAGAAGUGCAGACACAGAAGACAUGUAAAAACAGCGAGAUUGAAAAGAUAUCAGAAGAUGCAACUGUAACAACAAUUGAAGCACUGAAAGCCCGCAUCCGUGAAUUGGAACGACAGCUGUCCCGUGGGGAUAGAUAUAAAUGUCUUAUUUGUAUGGAUUCUUACUCGAUGCCCCUCACAUCAAUCCAGUGUUGGCACGUUCAUUGUGAGGAAUGCUGGCUCAGAACAUUGGGUGCCAAAAAGCUGUGUCCACAGUGCAACACCAUCACAUCCCCUGGAGAUCUCAGGCGCGUGUAUUUGUGAAGGAGUGGAAUAUGGAAGAAAGGCCACAGUUAUCCUGAGGUCUUGUUAGACACAAUGCCUCGCAGCAGGAAGAGGACCGUGGACAUUUGUGGGGUAGCACCAAAAAAGUGUACAAAUAUUCCGUUUUUGUUUUUCUCUUAAAUGUUUGGAAGAAGAGAAGCAACCCAUCCAGGAGGAAAACUUGGUAAUCCUGUUAGUUGUAUUUUAAAAAAAAGGAUCCCCAAUACCCAUCCGAGUUUUAUCAGAUGAUUGAUGCUCAGAGCGUACACACAAGCUCCUCCCAAUCCUGGUUCCGGAAGCUACGUCUACUAGAAGACAUUCUGGGCUGUACAUUGUGAAUGGACCUGUACCGUGUUCUAUUGUGGUGUUAUAGUGACAAAAAAAACAAAAGAUGAAGCACAUGUAAUAUAAAUUAUGUAUGUUUACACCAUUGAUUGUGUAUAAAUGGAAGACUUAUGAACAGUGCAUACUAAUAAGUCCUUAAUCAUUUUGAGAGAAAAAAAGAGAAGUGAUAUGCAUUAAACCUUCAGUAAUUUUUACCCAGGCUGCCUAAGAUUUAAGUAUCUUGAGCUGUUGGUUAAAAAUGAAUCUGGUUUAAUGAAUAAUUUGUGGUGUAUAUUUCUCAUUCAGAGUAAAGGAACAGCUUUGGUAAUGGCUGUAAUAAUACCCAUAACUUAAAUGCUAAAUGAUGUAGACAAGUUGGCUUGUCUUAGUUGUAACAAAUGGGCUGCUUGUACUAGAAGCCUGACCCAUUUUAAAUAUCAGGCAGCCGCAGCAGCAGUCCACUGAGGGAAAACCAGGCUGAGCCCCAUGUAGUGGCCACGGUCUACUCCCUGAACUGUAAGCUGUGUUUGUUCUUGUGGACCAGCGUUGUGCUGUGUGUCUCAGUUGUACCAGAAUAUGUAACCAGUUAUAAUGUUUGUUAUUCAUGUGAAAAUUCCUGGAAUAUACUCAAGAAUUUGAAGGUAGAUUUUGAAAGGGAUGCAGAGCUUUUGUGAUUCAUGGUUGCCUGCAACAAUUUGGCAACACUGCCCCUCACAAACAUGGUAACUGAAUUGGCUUCAUCCACUGUUUCUGAAAAUCUUUCCGGUGUUACCGAUUGUUAAAGUUUGUAUAGCCCAUCAUUAUAAGUCUCCCAGUUUUAGUGUUGUGUCUCGUUAAUAAGGUGGUUAGACUUUGGUUCCUGAUUCUCUUCUGUAUCACAUUUAUGCUACAUUCUGGGACGAUCACGAAAACGUGCAGCUUGCAAUUACGUAUAAAAUGCUUGGCUCCCAAGGAACAGAUUAUAAAGCAAGUGGAACAAUUAAGAUCCACUUAAUUCUUCACAAAAACACUUGUGGGCUAUUACAGCCUACAGGUCUAAAAAGAAACAAAAAUAUUACUGAUUUAUUGUAGAAAUUGACUUUUGAUGUAAAAGGAAUCUCCUGGCCAGAGAAGGCUAUAUGAUGAAAUUUAAAUGUAACAACCGUUUUGACGUUGGUUGGACAUUGUUGCAAUUCCUUACAAGUUUAGUUCCUUUUUUUCUCAUUAAUGACCAGUUGCUGUUUUGAUGUUUCCAGACAUCCCAUAAGCGCUGGAUUUUUUUAAAACAACUGUUGCCACAGUUCAUGUAAUAUGGCUUUAAUGAACAAAGCUUGAAAUAUCCAUUAACACACUGGCAUUUGCUAAUAAAAUAUUCAGAGUCCUUGCAAAAUAAAUUGUGGUUGUCUGUGCCAGUACAGAAGCAAAUUAUUUAAUAAUAAGGUAUUUUCCAGUUUGCACUCUGUAUGUUGUUUAUGCCAGGCAAUUCAAAAAAAUUCAUGUGGCACAAUCACAACAGUGCAAAUAGGUUUUAGACUAUUGUUUGAAUAAAAUACUAACAGGGUCAAAUCUGGACAUUCCAUGGCAUAGAGUCGUAAGUGACCAUUUAAAUUUGGGUGAUAUUUAGAUCAAUCAAACAAGAUGAAAUUCUCUCUGAUGGUUCAAUGCUGAGGCUAUGCAGUUAAAUGAAAGCAGUAGUGUUGAGCCAGAAACUCCAUAUGAAACUGCUGUUAAAACUGAUAGUAAUGUACAACCUACCAGGCAACCCACUUGAUCCUCACUGACCGCAUAUCAAGGCUUGUGAACUCAAAUACUGAAGAAGAAAGAAAUGCAAUCUUUGCAAUGGGCAUGUGAUGCCAUUUACCUUGCGAAACAGCUAGAUCAUGUCUGGUUUUACUCAUUUUCAUUGUUUCUCCUUACUAUGGGCCAGAAUAGUGGAUUUUGUUGGGGGGGGGGGGAGGUGUGGGAGUAGUAAAUGGGUUAUUCAUAUAGUAUAAAAGUUUAAGGAUAGCACUCCAGAGAUGGCAGAAAUUAUUUGCACAGUUGAACAAUUUGUAAUUACCUGUGAAUGAGCUAAAUUCAAAGCAAUAAAUUGGCAGUACCAUCAACUAAUUUUCAUUUGGGUUCUUGACAAGUGUUUGGGCCUUUAGCCUUAUAACAUUUGCCAUUUGUUUUUGCUAAAAUGGGAAUGGUUCCUCAUAAGUUUCUUUCGUUCCAUUUCAUAAGGUACUGCAAAUGAAGACAUUCCUGAGGCAAAACACAUCACAGUAAGAAAUGGCGCUCUUCACAUCCUCCAUUGAGUUUCUUUGAUGCAAAGUCUAGUCCUUUUAUUAUUUUCAAAAUCUGUAAUGCACAGAUUAAAUGAAAGAUUCACAAAUGAGAAUCACAGCCAGAUGUUUGAACAUUUUUUGCAGUGAUAUUUGGGAAUUGGGAGUCUGCCCACCUAUUUUUAAUUUCACCUUUCUGCACCACACUAUUUCUUUGUAACUAUCAAUGAGGAGCUAUGUGAAAGUAACAUUGCAACUAGUCUUAAAGUUUCUCCUCCAUCCCUGCAGUGAAGAACCUUGCACGUUUUUUCAGUGCCUGUUCCAGCCAGAGCCAGUAUGAAAGCAAGAACUUGUCAAGUAAGGAAAUUCAUCCUGAUCAUCCAGUUUUCUUUUAACCCCCUUUAUAGACAGAUAAAACAGAGGUAGUUCUCAUGUAAUGAUAUAGAAGUUUGUGCAAUUUUUCAAAUUUGUUGAGGAUAGAAUACAGUUGACGAUGUAAAUGGCUAUAAAAUUUUAUGGUGUUCUAGUUUCAGAACGUGUGUUGUGUACAUCCACAAGUUAGUUUGAUCAUCUGGUGUUCAGUGCAUGCAAGAUUGUUCUUGUAUUCAAUCAUUAGAAACUAUGCUUAUUUUGUUUACCACCCUGAUUGAAUUCUUCAAUAUUAGUAAGGGGCUAAAAGUUGGAUAAAAUUGAGAGGAGCCUGCACACUAAGAAAAGAUGCAUCAUUUGGGGUUUUGUUUCUUCCACAUUUUAUUUCUUUAUUGGAUUUUUAUUCUUCUCAAGUGUUUCUUUCCAUCUUGUAUGAUGGUGCAUCUGUUUACAUAUGGUGUCACCGCUAACAAAAUCCCACUGAGCCCUCUGCUAUUUAAGGUAGAGUUUUUUUUUACAAUUUAAGACAUUUAUGCAAAACAUCCAGUUUAAGCUACAGAUCUAAGUGAACUGCUGAGUUCUGUUGUGUGUCAAAAAUCUUUUCUAGCCAGACAUGUUAUGAUGUUUGUAGCAUCUGUCAAAAUGCUUUCCCCAGUGGUCUGCAAUCAGCAUUCAGAAGACUUGGUUCAAAUGAUCAUGAAGAAGGAUUUGACUGUAUUAGUUCCUCAUUAGCACCAUAUUUCUGAAGAACUGCAUAACUUCUCAAUAAUCCAUUCAUUGUAAACAAUCAGCUGAAGCAAGUGAUUUUAAGAGGCAGACGUCCCUUGGAGCUGCAGUGGUAAACUUGAUAUGGAGUUAAAUUUUUACUUGUCAAGAUACUGAUCUACCUUAAUCUACACUUACAGCUGCUUCUUCCCUCCUCUUUAACAAAAUCCUAAAAAAAAGUGGACAAAUGAAAUAAGUUCAAUCAUAUCGACUUUUGUGCCAAUUGCACAGUGGCAUAACUGAAUCAAAAUGCCAGGCUCUACAGAUGCAGAAUAAAACCAAAUCCACGCUACCUCCCAUAGUUCUCUAUUACCUGGAUGUAUAUGAUGUUUAUCAAAGGUAGAUUAAUGUGGGACUGUGUUUCAUACUACCCAUCCUUUGCAGUUCCUCUAACAGUGAAAUGAAUUGGUGACAUUUGUGUGUGAGGACAACAAUUUUUUUCCACAAAGUUGACUUGAGAAUUCUUAUGUCCAGAAUAAAGUUUAUGAUAAAAGAAGUUUAAUCGGAAUAUAGUGUGGCAUGCUUGGUUUGGAUUGAGAUGAGAAGUUUCUGCCACAAGAGUAACACUCUAUGCCUAGAUUUGAUCCCUACUCCUCUGUUCCAGUUUUCUCUUUGGAUCCACUAGGCAACAUCCCAUGACAAGAACAAGCCAAAUGUCCAUUAACUAUAAUUUGGUUUGCUAACACAGUUAUUCCUCCAUCUGGAAAAAAUAUUUUUCCUUUAAAAGAUAUCUUUCUCUUGUCACAUCUCCUUGAAGAAAAUGGGUAAUGGGGUGGGAAUUUGGUUAAGAUGGGGGAGUUAAGGUGGGGGGGGGGGUAGCUGAACUGAUUGUUAACAAGAGGCUCAAAUUGGGGUUUCAUAUAUUUUCCUUAUGACAAAGCAGGCUAUUCAGCCCUUUGAACCUAUGCCAGCUCUCAAAGCAAUUCUAUCCCUUCUACUCCCCCACUUUCCUGCAACCCAGAUUGCCAUUCCAUGUUAAUGGAUUGAUUUUCUAAUGCAUCAACAAUAAUAUCUUUACUUUGAUUCUUGUUUAAUGUUGAAAUUCUGCUUGAGUCCUAAUUAAAUGCUGGAACCUUAGCCAGAGGUGACUUCAUGCAGCUCAGGAUACAGCAGCCCGUGCGAGGAUUCUGAAGAUCUGACAAUAGAAGUGAACUGUGGAAUGAGCAAAAUAAGGCCAAAGAUGUAACAGGUUAGAACUGCAUUUUUAUGAGUGCUUCCUUCUUUCCCACCUCCCCAACUGAACAUUUAAACAGCAGGACUGCAUUGUGGGUAGAAAAGGAUACUGUAAGGUUGAGUGAUUUAACCACCUGUCUGGUUUGCAAAUGUAAAAUUGAUGCAUUCUGUGCUUGACGUUGGCAUAGACCAAAAGCCUUUUAUUGUAGAAUUUGCGCUUUGUGUCUCCGUGUGAAGCCUGUACCUUAAAGUAUUGGAUUUCUGAGUCUUGCUGUUGAAAUACUUGUAAAGAAAAUAAUAAAUUUUUUGUA